CUUUUUUCCGUUUUUCUUUUUACCUUGAGCGUUUUGGGCAUAUUUUCCGAGUCAUGCCUGAACCCGUCAAGUCGGCUCCGGCCCCGAAGAAGGGCUCCAAGAAGGCGGUGACCAAGGCUCAGAAGAAGGACGGCAAGAAGCGCAAGCGCAGCCGCAAGGAGAGCUACUCGGUGUACGUGUACAAGGUGCUGAAGCAGGUGCACCCCGACACCGGCAUCUCGUCCAAGGCCAUGGGCAUCAUGAACUCGUUCGUCAACGACAUCUUCGAGCGCAUCGCGGGCGAGGCGUCCCGCCUGGCGCACUACAACAAGCGCUCGACCAUCACGUCCAGGGAGAUCCAGACGGCCGUGCGCCUGCUGCUGCCCGGGGAGCUGGCCAAGCACGCCGUGUCCGAGGGCACCAAGGCCGUCACCAAGUACACCAGCGCCAAGUAACCUCGCUAAGUGACGGCGUCGCGGAUCACGUUCUCCAGGAACACCUUGAGCACCCCGCGGGUCUCCUCGUAGAUGAGGCCGGAGAUGCGCUUGACGCCGCCGCGCCGGGCCAGCCGCCGGAUGGCGGGCUUGGUGAUGCCCUGGAUGUUGUCGCGCAGCACCUUGCGGUGGCGCUUGGCGCCCCCCUUGCCCAGGCCCUUCCCGCCCUUGCCACGACCAGACAUUUCAGCAAACGUGAAAGCACAAAACUGCCCCCAGGCCGCGCAGCUCCUUUUUAUCCGUAACCUCUGCGGACCGGAGUGAAAACCGGAAGACUGUGGCGGGAAGUCCCUCUGGGUUGGAGGAGGGGAUCUGGAAAGGAACAGCCUGCUGCCAGGGCACUCGCUUUUGUUCACCGAGUGUAGCCUCUAGACCUAAGGCUCUUUGUUUCUUUUCUCUUGUCCCAUCCUCGUGAAACGACACAACUUUAACACUGUAGAGGAUACGUUUGAAAAAGAGAGAAUAAAAUAUGCUGUUUUAAUCUGCA